AUGUCCAACUCACGUUGUCCUUCUUUUUCCUCCUUUGUCAAUCCCCUUCUUACUUUUUCUUAUAUUCUCCACUUCUUUCUUUAUUUCUCAUUAUACUCUUGUCUAUGUUUUACUUAUAUUCUUUCUUUUUUCUUUCUUUCUUUCUUCAUUCAUUUAUUCCCUCUUCUUUCCUUCUCUUCCUUGUUUUUCUCUUCUUUGUUAAUCCCCUUCUUACUUUUUCUUACAUUCUCCACUUCUUUCUCUUUAUACUCUCGUCUAUGUUUUACUAUAUUCUUUCCUUUUUCUUUCUUUCUUCAUUCACUUAUUUCCUUUUUUGUCCUUCUCUUCCUUUUUCUCUUCUUUGUUAAUCCCCUUCUUACUUUUUCUUAUAUUCUCCACUUCUUUCUCUUUAUAUUCUUGUCUUUUUUUUUACUAGAUUCUUUCUUUCUUUUUGAUGAACAUUCAUCACCUAAAAUCAAUGGAUUCAUUGAGCAUCCAUAUUUUUCGCAUUUUUUCUUCCUUGUGAAGGUCAUUGAGUGA